AUCGUGUCCUGUGGAGGCGGAGAGCCGGGGCUGGAGGCUCCUCAGUGUGCGGCGAGGCGAGUGCAGCGCGCAUAGGGCUCCCGCUGCUGCCGCCACCCCCGUGCUCCGGGAAGGCCGGGAUCGCGCCCCUUCAGUCCCGCCGCUGGAGCUGGCUGCUGUUCCGCCCCUCCAGCCUCUCGCCGGGGCGAUCUGAGCGGCGGGCAGCCGGGAAGCGGCUCAGGCGGCACCGCGCUGGCUCGGAGGAGCAGGAGCUGCCCCGGGCGCCCCGCACCGGCUGCUGGCGGGAGGAUCUGGAGCCAGAGGAGACCGGCGAGGGGGAACUCGGCUCCCCGCCGGAGGAGCUGCGCGGCAGGGGCGGCGGACCCUGAAGGAGCAGGACACCCCCGUACCCAGGCCGGGCGCUGAGCCCCUCGCACCCCAGCCCAGUGGCUCUGAUCCCCGCUCCGCAGAGCUCUCCUUCGCCGGUGCCAGGCGGAUGCCGCCGCAGCAGGAGGGGGAGGCGGGCUACAUCAGCAAGCCGCUGGCUGGCGGCUGCGAGGUGCCCCCGGUGCCCCCGCGCAGGGUCCGCAGCAGCCGGGCGGCGGCGCUGGGAGCGGCCCUGGGCAGCAGAUGCCGGGCCGGGGCGGGAGCCGAGCCGCGUCGCAGCAUUAAGUGUGUCCUGGUGGGGGACGGGGCUGUGGGCAAGACCAGCCUGGUGGUGAGUUACACCACGAAUGGGUACCCCACGGAGUACAUCCCCACCGCCUUCGACAACUUCUCCGCUGUUGUGUCUGUUGAUGGCAGACCCGUGAGACUUCAGCUCUGUGACACGGCUGGUCAGGAUGAAUUUGACAAGCUUAGACCAUUGUGCUACACCAACACAGACAUCUUCUUGCUGUGCUUCAGUGUUGUGAGCCCUUCCUCCUUCCAGAACGUGAGUGAAAAGUGGGUUCCUGAAAUACGAUGCCACUGCCCCAAAGCUCCUAUUAUUCUGGUUGGGACACAGUCGGACCUCCGAGAGGAUGUCAAAGUUCUCAUUGAGCUGGACAAGUGCAAAGAAAAGCCUGUUGCAGAAGAGGCCGCAAAGCUCUGUGCUGAGGAAAUAAAAGCAGCGUCUUACAUCGAGUGCUCAGCUUUGACUCAGAAAAAUCUCAAAGAGGUCUUUGACGCGGCCAUUGUCGCUGGCAUUCAGUACUCGGAUACCCAGCACCAACCAAAGAAAUCCAAGUGCAGGACUCCAGACAAAAUGAAAAACCUCUCCAAAUCUUGGUGGAAAAAGUAUUGUUGUUUUGUAUAGUAUUUGCAAGGACCUAAAUGUUGCUCUAGUGAAAUCAGAUAGAAGCUAUAUUAGCUUAAAUCUCACUCUGUAUUCUCCAAGUGUGUAGCAUAGAUCCACAAGUGUGUAUAUGUUGCUAUUAGAAAUCUCAAUUUCCCUUUCUCUUUUGAGGGAGAUGGAAGAACACGUAGGUAGGAAGUUCCUGUUAAAUCAGGUUAAGGAAUUUCAGCUUUCGCCUGUCUGAUGUCAGAGUUUCCGGACUAGUCUCACGUUAAGGAAUACAUUUGUGACAUUAGAAAUUGUACAACGGCUUUGACUUUCUAUAUCAUAAUGUAUAUAAAAGAGGGAGGAACAAAACCGAGGCCUUUGCGGAUAGGGCUAUUUAGAAGAAACAAAGGACUAUGGAAAUAUAGAGCUCUAUAUAGAUGGACAAUUUUUAAAAACUUAACAUUGUGCCUCCAAAAUGACAUUUUAGCUUUAAAAAUAUACUCCCUCUUUCCCCCAUCUCCUUCCCUCAACCACUUCAGGGGGGACUUUAACAGUGUGGAACAAGAGGUGGAGUCUUCCCCCAAAUGCUGCUGCUUGAAAGGUCAUGCAUAUACCUCCAGCCAGGGCCGGCUUUAGGCCAAUUCCCUCGAAUUGGGCCCCGCGCCUAAGAGGGCCCCGCGCUCUGGGUCUUCGGUGGCACUUCGGCGGCGGGCCCCGCACUUCCUAAAGCCAGCCCUGCUUCCAGCACGUUGUUAGACUGCCUAACACGUUAAGUAACUGACGUAAUUACAUCUUAUUUGUAGCCUCCUGACUUGGAAAUCCUUUUUUCCCUCUUUCUCUCUCUUUCACAUGCAGUAAUGUGAACGCCCAAUGAACAUUACAAAGUCCUACUUUGUUACAUUUUGAAUAGUUGUGGGUGCCUUUGUAUUUAUACAGACACCAUGACAGUUCAUUUAGAUCAAUUGAAAGAAUGUAAAUGCUGUUUUUUAAAAGGGAUGCAACAAAUGUCCAUAUAGCACCACACAAAAUGUAUCUGUUUUAAGCCUACAAAUAUGAACUUCAGAAUGUUCCUCGUUGAGAGAUUUUCAUGCUGCCAGUUAAAUGAAAGGCCUAUAAAAAAGGCAGAUUACGUGCCAUAACCAAACACCAGAAAAGUGAUACUUCUGUGUCCUGUUUCUGAUGCUGUUUUGAAUAAAGUUCGUAUUUGUUUCCAAAGGAAGCAGUUGUUGGUGGCUUAAACUUGUCUUAGAUUAUAGUCGCAAAAUUGUGUUGAAACAACCAGUGAAAUUUAACUGAUUCUUUCCCAGAUACCUUCAACAAAUUAAAGUGAAGUGUGUUUAAAAUGUCAUUUAGUAGUUUGUCUAUUCAAAUAUGCAUCAAAUGUGACAAUUUUUGGUCUAACAAAACCUGCUGAAUUCCAGUCUGCUUUGUUUUAGGGUAUCAGUGGGUUAAUUUGUAAGAUGUGGUUAACUCCGAUGCCGGUGUCUGCACAGUGAGUGAAAAGCCUUAGUUUGUAUUGUCUGACUUUUUUUUAUGGCCCCAGCUUACUUUGUUCUAUAUACUCCAAGCUCAGUUAUGUUCUGGCUUUAUUUUUCCUUUGGCAGCAGCCUUAAAGCGAGCCUUUGUUCAGAGUCUUCAAUUAAAUUGGAAUUUUAACUGUUCACAAUUUCUUUCUCAUCAUAACAAAAUGGAUGUCUGAUUAUAAGAAAAUUAUGGAAGCCAUUUGAAUUGAUAAAGUUGGCCACAAUUUACCUCCUGGCCUACUUAAAGAAAAUGACAUUAUGUAAAUGCAUUCUGGGAUAUAUUGGCUUAAGUGCCGGAAGCAAAAUUUUCCUCUGUUAAAGCAAAAUGAAUGCA